AUGGAGGCUUUACCAAUUCAAUAUGUCGUCUUCCCGACCCACGGAGAUGUACGGGCCCAUCUUAUUGUCAACUGCGUUGUGACAUUCUUCCUGCUCGUUGCUUUGGCAGGCCGCAUCACGGCGCGGACAAUCUUUGGCGUCGGUCUGUGGUGGGAUGACGGACUUAUCCUUGCAGCUCUGCCAUUUGGGCUUAGUCUUCUGUUUAUACAAGGUGUUUGUUUAUCUGUGUGCAAGAUCACGUCUAACCUUGGUACUCUCCAGUUGACUACCGCCUUUCAGCUAUUAUAUCUUGUGGCGCUUACGCUCAUCAAGUGCAGUAUCCUCUGCUUCUAUCUUCGCAUCUUCACAGAUCACUUCAUGGUGAAGCCCUGUCGAGCCACAUUCGGCAUAGUCAUGCUUUGGGGUGUUGCGCACUUCUUUGCCGUGAUCUUCAUCUGCAGGCCUGUCCAAGCCCAAUGGGACCUCUCCGUCACGGGCACAUGCGGCAACCAGAUCAAACUAUUCCAGUCAAUCAUCUCGACCAACAUUGUCACAGAUUUGAUAAUCAUUAUACUCCCGCUAUACACAAUAUGGCACCUUCAAAUGCGAGUCUGGGAUAAGCUUGGUAUCAUGGCCUGUUUUCUAAUUGGCGUUGCGUGUGUCAUAGCAGCCAUCUUCCGACUGGUCUAUGUCACAGCGGUCGACAUGGUGUCGGACCUGACCGGGACGAUGCCGAUGUCCGUCUUCCUAUCCGCACUCGAGCCCCUUCUCGCCAUGUUGUGCGCAUGCCUGCCGAUGCUCCGUCCGUUCUAUGUCCGCUACAAAGCCCAAUCCUCGUCGGCCAAGCUAAGCGAACCAUCUGGUCAGUUUGAAAGCAAUGUUAAGGGCUCGCACAACACAAAUGGGCUGAAGAUGGGUUCCGGCUCAGGGUCAAGGUCCAAGCCUGUCGGUGCCCUGGAGAUGGACGACAUGGAUCUGGUGCAGAAAGGGAAUGGGUUUGACUGCCAUAUUGAACUUGACAGUCGCCCCGAGGGCAGUGCAGAUGAUUCUGGUUCCGAGAAAAACCUCACAUCCGAAAAUAGGGAAUCUACGACGGGAAUCAAAGUCAAAAAGAGAUGGGAUGUUCAAGUCAACAGCCGCAGCUAA